AAAACAAAUUCCCCACAAUCAUUUUCAGCAGUAUUUUUCUACCAUUGUAUAUAAUAGCGAAGUACUUUUUGUGGGUGUAAGUGUAACUUAACAUAGGAUACUGAUUACUCAGUAUUUUCAUACUUAUUGUGACCGUUGAGAAGUUGACGGUGAUGGCGUCAACUUCUAGUGGUGAUGUUAACGGGGAAGCUGAAGGUGGUUUAACGGUAAAGAUGACGGCUAGUGCUACCACUAGUGUUCAUGUCGGAGUACCGAAGAGUAAAGAAAGUAGUGAAAGUAGUGUGAUUUUAAUGAAGAAAGUUAAAAGAGAAAGAGGGUCUACUGCUAAAGAUAGGAUCAGUAAAAUGCCUCCUUCUACUGCCGGAAAACGUAGUUCUAUUUAUCGUGGUGUUACCAGGCAUAGAUGGACUGGUCGAUACGAAGCUCACCUUUGGGACAAAAGCACUUGGAAUCAGAAUCAGAAUAAGAAGGGCAAACAAGUUUAUUUGGGGGCGUAUGAUGAUGAGGAAGCUGCAGCUAGAGCAUAUGAUCUUGCCGCUUUGAAGUAUUGGGGCCCGGGAACUCUAAUCAAUUUUCCAGUCACAGAUUAUAGUAGAGAUUUAGCCGAAAUGCAGAAUGUCUCCAGAGAGGACUAUCUUGCAUCACUAAGAAGAAAGAGUAGCGGCUUCUCUAGAGGUAUAGCUAAAUAUCGUGCACUUUCAAGUGGUCGAUGGGAACCAUCAUUGGGUCGCGCUACCGCAACUGAAUACCUCCGUGGCAUUCACUAUGGUAAAGGAGAAGAUAUACCUGCAGAAGGUGACUAUCCUGGAGGUUUUCCCAUGGAAAGAAAAAUUGAUUUGACGGGUCAUAUAAAGUGGUGGGGUCCAAACAAAAUUCGACAAUCCGAGGUAGGAAAGCAUACCAGUUCCGAUGAAUUUGGGAGUGAGCUCAAAUCACUAGAACGGGAAGUCCAAUCUACAGAACCGUAUCAGAUGCCUAAGUUGGGAACUUCAUACGAGGCAAAGAAAAAUAAAGGAUCUGCUACUUCUGCUUUGAGCAUAUUGUCAAGAUCCGCGGCAUACAAGAACAUGCAAGAGAAAGCAUCUAAAGCAAAGGAAACGAUGAAUGAUAACGAUGAGAAGGAGAACAAGAGUAACAUUAGCAAAAUCGAUAGCGGUAAGGCUGUUCAGAAAACAAGUGAAGAUGAUGCAAUUGAUAGAUUGGGGUCUACACUUGGAAUAGGUGGAUUACCGCUUCAAAAGAAUGUGUUUCCUUUGACCCAGCUACUCAAUGCACCGCUUUUGACGAACUACAAUACUAUCGAUCCCUUAACCGACCCUAUCCUUUGGACAUCUUUAAUGCCUGUUUUGCCGACAGCUACCUCACGGACUUCUGAGGUUACCAAAACCGAGACGAGUUCAACAUAUAGCUUCUUCAGGCAGGAAGAAGGAUGAUAAAAUCACAUUCUUUUAAAGAUGAUCAGGAAUAGUGUUUAACCGGAAAUGCAUAGACGCCGAUAAACAGGUGGAGAAUGCAUCUCGUUUUUUGUAACGAACGACAAUGUACCUAGGAGCUGCUUCUCAAGAUACACAUCAUGUCAAUAUGUAGCCAUGAGCAGUUCUUCCUCAUAACUGUAAACCGUACGAUUGCCGCAAGCAACACUAGCCAUAUAGUUUUUUUCAAGGCUGCUUUUAGCCUUUUGUUUGUGUUAGUAAUAGAGUCGAUACUGCCUUGUUAUGGUGAUGAAAUAGAGUUAAUACUUUCGUAUAUGAAAUAAACGAGAUAUACUAAGUAUAAUGUCAAAGGCGAAGUGUUGAAGAUCAUACACUUGAAAGAAGAAUGUAAUAUUUGAUAGUUUUGUUUUUAAGAUUCUUAUUUAUAUAUUUAUAUGGUAGUUUCUACUUUUGGUCUUCCUAUGUAUUUGAAAAAUUGUCUUGAACAAUGACUCAUUUGUAAAAGAUUUCAAUCAGCAUUUAUAUGAAGCUUUUUAUAUUUUUUUAUAUUUAUUU